AGUGUCUGAAACGCUGCAGUGCGUGGUGGCAAAACAGGAAACUAUUGAAUGGCGGGAAGAACAAACGAGGGAAGACUACUUCUUCCGUGGCCUUUGGAACGGCAAAUGAAUUGGAAAACGAACAAGCUUUGUGCAGCGAUUCAUCAACAGCUUUACAAGCAAGCGAAAUAUCUGCAGGGGAACACAACGACGACUUUGAGCAGGAGAACACGAAACACACCAACUCGAAAGCGCAGUACGCCUAUGACAUGUCGCUUUUUGCCCUCCUGGUGAUUGUUGUGAUUGGGACCUGCUCGGUGUUUCUUUCCGUCCAAGGCAUUGUGCCGUUUUUCAACACGCUAGACCCAAAGUCCGCUCUGGCUGUAACCCGCGAACUCAAGCGCACCGAGUUUGUUGAGGCAAUGCAGCCCUUGCCGAAGACACAGGACACGAUGAAGGAGCUCAGCAUUCCACUCCAGGAUUUGACUUUACUGAAAAAUCGCCAAGCGCUCGACUUUCAGCAGCAGUAUGUGCGCGUGACGAAAAACCUCUGGCACGUGAGCCGCGAGGAACUCCGUCGGGAGCGCCAGCAGCAAUUGCAGCAAGGACACAGAGUUGCAGCCGCUGGAGGUGGAGGUGACACGACAGCGGUCGUUCCCGAUGUGAUGCUCGCCGCGGAUGGAAGUGAAUUGGAGAUUCGGCAGCAGCCCAUGAGACCGACGGGUAAUAAUUCCUCGAUGAACAGCAAUCCGCUCUCCCUAUACGAGGGGGAGUCGAUACCGGAUCCGCGACGCUUACGCAAGGGGGAUUUGAUUUACGCGUUGGGGGUGAUGGGCGAGGCGACCUUCUACGGAGGCGAUUUCAAAACGCGGGAGGAGUAUUACCAGGCGUUCAUGAAAUCCGUCCACGUGCAGUACCAAUCCGAGGAGCAGAGGCGCAGCGUGCGUCUGAAAAUUGGUGUGAGCCGACCGGAGGCAAUUCUCAACAAGGGGACAACAUCUGGAAGGGCCACUCCUGCGGCCCCGACACGGAGUCUCACCAGAACUGCGGCAGGGACAAGCACUCUGAUCACGCGCGGAGGCGGGGGCCCGGACACGCCGGGUGGAACAAGUAGUGCAAGUGGGACGCCGCAGCGACCGCCGAGUGUGAGGAACCAGUUCUCGGAGGACAUGCCUGCGACACCCACGUCCCGGCCUGAUCUGCUGUGGGAUGACGAGGGGGGAUUUUACACGGACGUCACCGCGACAAACUGGAUCGUGCACGACGACGGAAUGCCGCAGGAGUUCUUCUCGCACGACGAUUUGCUGGACGAGUACGUCGAGAUGGACCACCAGCGGGAGCGCGUCGUGAAACUCACUCCCGAGGAGGAAAAAUCCGCCAUGAUGCUUGCGGAGCCGGAGCCCCCGGAAAUCGCCCUGGAGAGGACCGUCCGAGAGGACGGGUUUUGGGGCGUGGCGUAUCUGAAGCAGUUGGCUGCGCGGGUGGCGUGCGGGGUGUUCUACGCGUUCGUCCCCAUUGCGUCUCUGGCCCAUCUGUUCGUGACCAUUUUCGUGCACAACGUCGUGCUGCAGCCGAGCGGCCCCAGCACCCCGGCGGCGCAAGCGCGCGAGCGCCACGUCGCGCGGGAGAUCCAAAAACGAC